AUGGCCUUCUGUCGGAGAGCUUGCUCCGGCCGGCUCCUCCUUGCGGGCUGUUGCCUUCUCCCCUCCUUCUCCGAGGGCCUGUGGAUAGACAACUUCGAUGUCCUCAUGGCGCCCGUCCAGGAGCUCAUCAAUGCCCACAGCCACUGCGGCUGGGCGAACCCGGCUGACCUGUCUCUGAUAGCCAGCACGAAGAGUGACUUCGAGUCACAAAUCGAGAUCCGAGCCGACAGUUGUGGGAAUCGGCUGCUGAUGAUGGGUGGCUUUCUCCAGUGUCACAGCGUGGAUGAGCACAUCUAUCACGAGAUGAUGGUCCACCCAGCCCUGCAAACCUUUGCCUCCAUGGCGGGGCGGCCGCCGCGCAGCGUCUUCCUCGGCGGCAGCGGCGAUGGCGCUGGGCCGCGGGAGCUACUGCGCUGGCAGAGCCUUCAGAAGGCUACUAUGGUGGACAUUGACUACGAGGUCACCCGCUUCGCGCUGGAGUGGGUACCCGGCUUCGCAGGCCGAAGCUUCGAAGAUCCAAGGCUUCAGCUCACUACAGGUGAUGCCUUGGCAUUCCUGCAGCAACUUCCCAAGGACCAGACCUUCGACAUUUUGAUCCUGGACUUUCCAGAUGCCUUUGACAGCAAGGAGCUGGAGAAGCUGUACAGUACAGAGUUCUACGAGCUUUGCCGGUCGCAUAUGCAUGACCAGAGCAUCCUCGUGACCCAGAGCGGGCCAUGCGUGGAAGUUACUCGGGCUGGGACAAGGGCCAAGUGCUGGCUGCUGCAAGAGAUGAUCCUGCCCAACCUGACAGCUGUUUUUCCUCAGGUGGAAGUACUCCUCCAUCCGAUGGCUACCUGGAAAGCGGAGAUCAAGACUCCAUCCGAGUGGUCAAGCUUCUCCCUUGCAAGGCUCGGUGGGGACGCUUUCGCUCACGACUUCGACCUGCCGCCAGAAAUCCAGAGCCUCAGAUACUACACUUCAGAGCGACAUCGUGCUGCGCUCGAUCAUCCGCAGCCGCUGAAGAAGCGCCUGCGCGAGCGAACCCCACGAAGUGAGCUCUGA